AAGAAGAAAAAGGCAUCUCUAAAUAGGAGAAGUGACAAGAAUUCUUUGGUUUUUUUUCACCCCCUCUGAACUAGUUUGUUCAGCAAGAGAAGGAGGUGAUUUAUGUGAUUUAAAAGAAAACCUCUUCUAAUAUGUCAUCGGAGAGAAAGAAGCAAAUUUUCUCACUGCUAAAGUGGAGAAAAGGCAAGAAACAGAAAAGUGAAGAAGAGAAAGCUGAGAUUCCAGCUGACCUAGACUGUGGCUCGUGUCAAUUAAAACAAGAACCUUCAUUGUUUGGGAGGAGUCGAUCAGAAGAUUCGGGCCUGGAUUUAUCAAAUCCUAUUUGCCUUUAUCAGAAGAGAGUGCCAUCUGAUACACAAGAGAACAUCUCCAUCCACAGCAGACACACAUCAAACAGUUCCAGCCUCUACUCUUACUUGUCUUGUGACAGUACAUCAGGACUGUUCCCAAGAUCUCUCAGUUUUACUGCUCUCUCGGGUCCAGAGAAUGAAACUAAAGCAGCACAGUCUCCAAUGGAUGAUGAUGAUGUUUUUGAGCUGAAUAACGUCACACAAACACUGAACAUACCAUAUAACCUUGCAGAGCUGACAGAACUAGCAAAAUCUGAUCUUACAGCCGCAGCUGUUUCCAAGAAUAAGACAGGAAAAGAAAAUGGCUGUGAAAUAAGCUCCAACAACUGGUGCAAGGAAAGCAAAUGGAAAACCACAGAGGAAUCUGAUACCUUGGAAAUAGUUGAGUGCCAGGAGCAGCUCAGACAGAACAGCCUGGAAAAUCAGGUUGUAUCCAGAAGUGCCACAAAUCAAAUGGGCAUGCUGUACAGGCUGUGUAGUUUGAUGGAGAAAAUUACAGAACUGGAAAGAGAUCGACUGGAGCUUCUGAGGCAAAACACUGAACUCCAGGAUCAACUAGCUCAAAGUCAACAGGCUCAGAUCACAUUUCUUAAUUGCUGUACCUGUAAUGCGAGGGCUGGAGUGAAUACUUCUCACACUGCAACACAACAAACCACUUUUAUUAGCCCACCAGUGACAAAGGAAAACCCCACAACAGAGACAAUGAGGAGUCGAGUAUCUUCAGAAGCCAGUGUCAGAUCUGAGGUCACUCGCUCCCGGCACCAACAAGCUGAAACACUGACUCUUGGAUCUACUGAUGAGUUACAUCUGUGUGUUAGCAGGGUGUGAAUGUCACACCUCCUCAUAGCAAGAGUGGACAUUACAAUCAAUCAGUUACUUCCUUCCAAAUUCCAUCUCUGUUUUUGGUAACAAUGACUGGCCUAUGAGCAGGAGUUGACUAAAGAGUGAGUUUUCUCUCUUCUGCCUAAUGUUGUACAGUUAUAGUAUUGCCAUCGUUAUCCUGCUUUGAUCAACCAAGCUAGCUAAUCCACAGCAGGCCUCUGUGAUUUGCAUCAUGGACUAUCGUAUGCAAAAUGUUCAAUGUUUUAUUUUUGCAGUGUUCAAUGCUUGUGCAGUGACAUAGGUGGGAUGUGGAGAAUUAUCAAUCAUGUACCAAUGGUGUGGUCAGAAUACAUUGAGAAAACCACAGCAUUGAUUUGACCACCCAUCACAACCCCACCCCACCUAGUUAACCUCAUGGAGGUAAUUGGAAGGCCAAUACAAUGACAUAGUGAGAAUUGAUCCAGGUCCCAGAGAAAUCUGAGCUGAAAAUGAAACUCUUUGUUCCUGAUAGAAUGGAAAAAGACAAAAAAACAAUAUGUACUUUACAACCUAUAAUCAAAUACAGUACCCUGUCAAAAGUUAGCUUCUCUUAGUUCCUUUAAGAUAAGAUUUCUGUUGAUAUUCAUCUCAAAAUACUAAGCAUGCUGCAAAUGGUUACUACCUCACAAUAUCAUCUUCAGAAAAAUCUGACGUAUCUGAAAUAUUGCAGUUAUUUUUACUCAGUUAAUGCUUUCAGUCUUUCAUAUGGAGAUACUUUACCACCUGCAGAUCUAGAAUUUUCUACUAUUUUUCCAUUAACACACACCUUUGUCAACUCAAAUGGGACAGUAUCAGGAUUUGAAUGCCAUGAAUUCAGCAACAUAUUGAUUGCACCAAAAGAAAGUCUUUACUGCUAAAUCCGAUUUACCAGAUCAGUGUAAUAAUUCUUUGUUUUCCAGAACAAUGGAAAUGCAACAUUUUUACUUACAAGGUCAUUGUGAAGUGCCCAGAAUAAUUGUAAUCUUGUGAUGCAAGGAAAUUUAAAUUGCACUUUUAUAAAAAAAACAUUAAUAAUCGCAUACGUUUAAAAUAUCACAAAUUAGAAGGAUUAAACUAUCAAAUAUUUCACCAUUGAUAAAUUUUGUGUUAAAUGUAUGAAGAGUGUGACCAGCACAACAUGCAAUACAAAGUUGUGUUGACACUUUUUCGCCAGAUCAUGCAUCCAUUCUGGAAAUUCCCUUGAAAGAAACUUAAUAAAUGAUGGGGCCAAGAGGACAUGAGUUGUGUGAAGUAAAGAAGGUGAAAGGGGUGAUUGGAGAUCCAGUUAUUUUAAUAAUUCCUCCCUAAUUUGUUGAAGGAAGUAAGAACAGUAUUGCUUUUGACAUUUUUGUAAAAACAUAUACUUUCUCAUCAAUUUAUUUUGUGCCGCAACUCCUUUGAUAAUGUCAAUGACCGUGAAUAUUUCUGUGUACAUUUGAAUUGUUACACAAUGGGUGCAAUUAAAGAAAAUCAAACAAACCUU